AUGGAGAUGAACUAUGAUGAAGGGGUCCUCCACCAAAUCGAAGAGGAGCUGGGGACAACCAUAUUGCCCGGCACUGAGAUUAUGGCUGAUGUUGGCUCCCACCAUUUCGUCAAAGCUUCAUCCAAGUCCAGCCGUGUCUUGGUCCCGCAGCCGUCACAAGAUCCUCACGAUCCUUUGAAUUGGAGCCGGUUCUGGAAAGCCCUGACUAUGUUCACGGCCACGUUGACGACUUUUAGCCAAGGGUUUGGGCCACUAGCCCUUGCUCCUAUGAUGCCCCAGAUGGAAGAGACCUUCAACAGGAGCUUAUCGGACAUCGUGCAAUUUACUGGAGUCUGCAUCCUGGUAUUGGGUUUCAGCAACUUUCUUUGGAUUCCGCUUUCUACAUCCUUCGGCCGACGCCCUGUUCUUAUUUUAUCGACUUUGAUAUGUCUAGCCAGUAAUAUCUGGCGUGCUGUGGCACCUAGUUAUGGGAGUUAUAUGGGUGCUUGUGUUCUAAAUGGUGUAGGCGCUGGUCCUGCGGAGACUCUCCAACCGCAAAUUAUAGCAGAUAUUCUCUUCCUUCAUGAGCGUGGAGCCUAUAAUACGCUAUACUUUACCUUCUAUUUUGGCUCCUUGAUGAUCGGUCCGAUAGUCGCGGGGGCUAUGGCAGACCACAUUGGCUGGCGUAGCUUUUUCUGGCUAAAUGUUGGCUUGUUAGGCUUGUCGCUGAUCCUACUCGUCUUUUGCUUUCCGGAAACCAAGUGGCACCGUGCUCACCCGAACGAAGUUGCUCAUGUGGAGCGAACCCCAAGUAGGGACGAGUCCGAGCCCGAGAAGCCACUUGGUACUAUGAAAGAGGAUGUCCAGAUGGAAGAGCAUACAUCGGAAUCCUACUUGCACAAAGGAUCUCCUUGCAAGAAGCAAUUCCAAAUCUGGCAGCUGGAGGGAGUAAAUUGGAAGGAUAUUCUCAUCAGUUUCUGGCUCCCGUGGAAGCUAUUAGCAUUCCCGAUUGUCGAGCUAUCCGCCUUCGUUGUGUCCUGGUCGGCCAGUUGCUUCUUGACUUUGAACCUCACCCAGAGUCAGGCAUUUGCUGAGCCUCCUUACAAUUUCAGCAGUCAAACAAUUGGCUUCUUCAACUUUGCAAUACUCGUUGGGGCUUUCAUCGGCCUGGUUACUAACGGCCCUUUUUCGGACUGGAUCUCGAUGAGGGCCACUCGCAAGAACAAGGGAAUUCGAGAACCCGAGAUGCGACUUCCGGCAAUGGUAAUUUAUGUGGUCAUCAUGGUCAUUGGGAAUUUUGUAGUGGCUUUUGGAUACGAGUACAAAUGGGAUUGGCGGGCAAUUGUCAUCAUUGGGUACACUGCCGCUGGAAUACAGGUUGCUGCCCUGCCAGCCAUCGUCAGCACGUAUGCUGUCGAUAGCUACAAGCCCGUUGCCGGCUCUAUAUUCGUCGCUAUUACGGUCAAUAAGAAUCUGUGGGGCUAUGGUUUCAGCAAGUUCAUCACCCCAUGGAUUACAGAGAGUGGUUUUGUGAAGCCGAUUAUGUUGAACAUGAGCUUGUGUACUCUGUGGUGUCUCUUUGCUAUUCCAUUCUACCUCUAUGGGAAGAAGUUCCGGGGACGGACAGCCCAGUCUUGGAUCCACAAGAUGUAG